AUGUGGUAUGUUCGAGCCUCAGUUGAUACUGGGCGGCAGUUUAAUUUCAAUGUGCCGAUAGAAAUCAACCAUUAUGGCUUCUACUCGAUCAUAGGCUCCGACCAUGGAGUCAUUUGCUUGAGGAUUUCCAUGGGGGGUCUCAAUUCUAGGCUACUUAUGUGGAAUUUCCUCACCCGAAAAAGGCGUGUUGCACCAGACGAAGCUAGCAAGCGCUGCUGCCACGUUGUAUCUCUUUAUGCCUUUGGAUAUUUGGAAGAUAGUGUGGAAUACCGCAUUGUGCAUGUACACAAGCGGCACUACUCUGACAGCACCAUGUCCUGGAGUCUUUAUAGUUCCGUGGAAAGGGAGUGGACUCAUGAAGGUUCAUUUGAGAGCAAUGUUCAGAAGCUUGGACCCAAAUCUGUUGUGGACAAUGGCGUCGUUUACUGGAUAGGUUGGGAACGUCCUAACUUUCCUGAGCCGGUAAGCAUUAUCACAUUCGAUCUCAAGCACAGAUCUUUCCAUGAGGCUACAAUACCCGCAGAGGUGAAAAUUUGUGUUCUCAAAAGAGAAAACUGA